CUGCCGGCGUCGCCAGACGAGCAGGAGCCCCGGCAGGAGGUGGACCGCUGUCACUCUUCUCCUCUCACUCUCCCUCACUCUCGCUCACUCUCACUCCACCAUGGCCUCCGAGGACGUCGCUAACGAGACUCUGCAUCAAGCCAUACGGGACGAGAUGAUGUCGAUAGAUGAGCAUUUAAAGGAAAUGCGGAAACGCAGAAUGGAAUUAGCCAAUGAUAUAAAUGGAGCAUCGUUCUUUCUUGAAGACGUUCGUUCAGUAGUUUCUGAAUUGAAAGGAAUGCUCUUGCCUAAUACGGAUAAGGAGGAUAAGUCUCCGAAAGAAUGUCGAGACGUCAGUCAGCAGACAGACGAUGUCAUUUUGACACGCAGGAAGACUGGCAAAGAAAACAAAGCGAGCAAGGCUAAAAAGGAAGAAGACAAAAUUAAGGAAGAAAAGCAAGAAGACAAAAUUAAGGAAGGAAAGCAAGAAGACAAAAUUAAGGAAGGAAAGCAAGAAGACAAAAUUAAGGAAGGAGAUCAAGAAGACAAAAUUAAGGAAAAAGAGCCAGAAGACAAAAUCAAGACUGGACAGAAGGAACAGAGUGAGGAGAAUUUGAUGCAUAGUGACAAAGGAAAAGCAGAGGACAAGCCCACAUUGAAAGAAGGGGAAGAGGAGUCGGAAGUGGAUUGGUAUAACUGUGAGGAGUUUAAUGUGAUUGAAGAAGACUUGCUAGAUCAGCAAAUAUUGUCUGCGAGUAGUGAAACAAGAUCAUCAAUGGAUUCAACAAUUGAUCUUAUUAGUGAACUGGCGGAAGAGUUGCUAGAGCUUGAAAAUAGCGACAUAGUAAAUUUCCUCCUCAGGUUCUUGUAUGGUACUCGACAACAAUUAGACGAAAUAUAUGACGAGGUCAUUGCAUUGGACGAGCACGAGAAACACCUAGUGCUGGAAAGAAGUUCCCUCGAAGAAUCUGACAAGACGCUCGUCUCCGAGAGCCCGACAAAAUCUGAAGAUAAAUGAAUCUUCUCGAGGUAGAGAACAAUGCUCAGGACCUGUUCUUUUGGUUAUGGUGUUGUGUGGAAUUAAAGUUUAUAUUUGCAAUAUCAUUCUUAGAUUAAUUUUCUGGUGGAUGAUCUGAGCGAUGAAUUUGGAAUUUGUGUUACUUGAGGACAGCAAGAAAAAUGUGAAACUGCAAGUAAUAGUUAAUUUUGAAAAUGAGCUUACGUGCAUUAAAAUAAAAUCAGACCAUCAUUGCAUUGUUAAUUUAGAAAGGAAGAUGUAUAUUUUGACAGUAAAAUUAUAAUUCCUUGAGUUUGCAUAAUCUUUUAACAAAACUAUUCAACAAAUUGUAUCACUAUAAUUUAUUGUUUAAAACUGAAAUUUCUUGCUGUAGGAGUCGGUUGAAAGUAUUAUGUUUUAUAUUUUUACAUUGCCUCUGGAUAUGGUUUUACAAUAAAAUACU